GUUUUAAUCGGAGCUAGGCUGCACUCGAUCGAAAUCUUAAUCUCCAUGCAUGCAGAAGGAAUUGACUCGUACUUGCACGUGAAACGAGGGCACGCCCGGCCGACUUUCUUGCAAGCAAGCAAGCUCUUUGCCAGAAUCAUUCAUAGCUGUAAUCUACGUGUGUAAUAAUAAUCCAUCGUUUGGCCGCGAACGUUCGUUCGUCUCACAGAUAUAUUAAUAGUACACAGAUAGGUUAAUCGCCGUUUGUUUGCUCGCAUUUUGCAGAACCGAAAAGCGGCGGAUCGAUGCAUGGACGGAUAUCGAGCACACGGGGCGGCCAUCGCAGCCCUGCGCCGUCACGCGAACAGGCGACUGGAGACGAAAUUUCGCCUACCUCCAGCGGAACCGAAAAGCGGCGGAUCGAUGCAUGGACGGAUAUCGAGCACACGGGGCGGCCAUCGCAGCCCUGCGCCGUCACGCGAAGAGGCGACUGGAGACGAAAUUUCGCCUACCUCCAGCGGAACCGAAAAGCGGCGGAUCGAUGCAUGGACGGAUAUCGAGCACACGGGGCGGCCAUCGCAGCCCUGCGCCGUCACGCGAACAGGCGACUGGAGACGAAAUUUCGCCUACCUCCAGCGGAACCGAAAAGCGGCGGAUCGAUGCAUGGACGGAUAUCGAGCACACGGGGCGGCCAUCGCAGCCCUGCGCCGUCACGCGAACAGGCGACUGGAGACGAAAUUUCGCCUACCUCCAGCGGAACCGAAAAGCGGCGGAUCGAUGCAUGGACGGAUAUCGAGCACACGGGGCGGCCAUCGCAGCCCUGCGCCGUCACGCGAAGAGGCGACUGGAGACGAAAUUUCGCCUAGCUCCAGCGGAACCGAAAAGCGGCGGAUCGAUGCAUGGACGGAUAUCGAGCACACGGGGCGGCCAUCGCAGCCCUGCGCCGUCACGCGAAGAGGCGACUGGAGACGAAAUUUCGCCUACCUCCAGCGGAACCGAAAAGCGGCGGAUCGAUGCAUGGACGGAUAUCGAGCACACGGGGCGGCCAUCGCAGCCCUGCGCCGUCACGCGAACAGGCGACUGGAGACGAAAUUUCGCCUAGCUCCAGCGGAACCGAAAAGCGGCGGAUCGAUGCAUGGACGGAUAUCGAGCACACGGGGCGGCCAUCGCAGCCCUGCGCCGUCACGCGAACAGGCGACUGGAGACGAAAUUUCGCCUAGCUCCAGCGGAACCGAAAAGCGGCGGAUCGAUGCAUGGACGGAUAUCGAGCACACGGGGCGGCCAUCGCAGCCCUGCGCCGUCACGCGAAGAGGCGACUGGAGACGAAAUUUCGCCUAGCUCCAGCGGAACCGAAAAGCGGCGGAUCGAUGCAUGGACGGAUAUCGAGCACACGGGGCGGCCAUCGCAGCCCUGCGCCGUCACGCGAAGGCGACUGGAGACGAAAUUUCGCCUAGCUCCAGCGGAACCGAAAAGCGGCGGAUCGAUGCAUGGACGGAUAUCGAGCACACGGGGCGGCCAUCGCAGCCCUGCGCCGUCACGCGAAGAGGCGACUGGAGACGAAAUUUCGCCUAGCUCCAGCGGAACCGAAAAGCGGCGGAUCGAUGCAUGGACGGAUAUCGAGCACACGGGGCGGCCAUCGCAGCCCUGCGCCGUCACGCGAAGAGGCGACUGGAGACGAAAUUUCGCCUAGCUCCAGCGGAACCGAAAAGCGGCGGAUCGAUGCAUGGACGGAUAUCGAGCACACGGGGCGGCCAUCGCAGCCCUGCGCCGUCACGCGCGAGGCGACUGGAGACGAAAUUUCGCCUAGCUCCAGCGGAACCGAAAAGCGGCGGAUCGAUGCAUGGACGGAUAUCGAGCACACGGGGCGGCCAUCGCAGCCCUGCGCCGUCACGCGAAGAGGCGACUGGAGACGAAAUUUCGCCUAGCUCCAGCGGAACCGAAAAGCGGCGGAUCGAUGCAUGGACGGAUAUCGAGCACACGGGGCGGCCAUCGCAGCCCUGCGCCGUCACGCGAAGAGGCGACUGGAGACGAAAUUUCGCCUAGCUCCAGCGGAACCGAAAAGCGGCGGAUCGAUGCAUGGACGGAUAUCGAGCACACGGGGCGGCCAUCGCAGCCCUGCGCCGUCACGCGAACAGGCGACUGGAGACGAAAUUUCGCCUACCUCCAGCGGAACCGAAAAGCGGCGGAUCGAUGCAUGGACGGAUAUCGAGCACACGGGGCGGCCAUCGCAGCCCUGCGCCGUCACGCGAAGAGGCGACUGGAGACGAAAUUUCGCCUAGCUCCAGCGGAACCGAAAAGCGGCGGAUCGAUGCAUGGACGGAUAUCGAGCACACGGGGCGGCCAUCGCAGCCCUGCGCCGUCACGCGAACAGGCGACUGGAGACGAAAUUUCGCCUACCUCCAGCGG